AAACAAGAUGAUCGUCCCUGAGCCUGAUUCCUCGUUGGUUCACACGACGGAAGUAGUCGAAACGCCCCCUUCACUUCUGGCACUGCGUUGUUAGUAUUAGCACUACUGUAAUUCUGUACAUCAUUGCUCUAAUUCCACUAAAAUUAGCUGUGGGAAAUAACCAUGGAAGAUAAGUUAAAGAAAGAGUUGGGAACAACCAUGCUAAAGUCAACCGGACACUCAGGUGGUGGAUGUAUCAGCGAAGGCCAGAGUUAUGAUACCGACACUGGGAGAGUGUUUGUGAAGAUAAAUCACAAAAGCGAGGCCAAAUUGAUGUUUGAUGGUGAGCUGGCCAGUUUGGAAGCCAUUUUGAGAACAGAAACCGUUAAAGUCCCCAAGCCUGUACAGGUGGUUGAGCUUGACACAGGAGGAUGUGUACUUGUAAUGGAACAUCUGGACAUGAGAGGUCUUACCAAGUACUCAAAGCAACUAGGAGAGCAGCUGGCAGAUCUGCAUAUUCACAACAAGAGACAGUUGGAAACAUUUAAUAAAGAGCACCAGACAGUGGGAAAAGGAGCUGUACAAUCAGAGUUGGCUGUUGAAAAAUUUGGCUUCAGUGUACCUACAUGCUGUGGGUAUCUACCACAGGAAAAUGAGUGGCAGGAUGACUGGGUGACAUUUUACUCCCAGCAGAGGCUGCAGCACCAGCUUAACAUGGUGGAGAAAGCUUAUGGAGACAGGGAAGCUAUAGAAUUAUGGGCUAAGCUACAGCUGAAGAUUCCUCAGUUUUUCAAAGAUGUAGAGAUUGUCCCUGCUCUCCUCCAUGGAGACCUAUGGGGAGGCAACGUAGCACAGUGUACGACAGGCCCAGUCAUCUUUGACCCAGCCUCCUUCUAUGGUCAUUCAGAGUAUGAGCUGGGUAUUGCAGGGAUGUUUGGGGGCUUCAACAGUUCUUUUUACUCUGCUUACCAUGACAAGAUUCCUAAAGCACCAGGCUUUGCAAAGAGAAACCAGCUUUACCAACUCUUCCACUAUCUGAAUCACUGGAACCACUUUGGUGGUGGCUACAGGGGCUCUUCAAUAAGCAUUAUGAAGAACCUACUGAAAUAAUUGCACUCACAUUUACUUGUAGAAAGCUUAACAGUCUUAUGUAUAUGUAUUUAUUGACAGAUAACUGACCAAAAUAAUGUGGCUAAUUGUUGAAGAGACUAAACAUGUACUAUAACAUUGUAAUGUCUGUUAUAUUGUGUAGACAAUACAGAAUCAACAUAACAAAAUAUGUCUACCCUGUCGACUCUACCUACACCAACUUGCCUCCAAAAUGUGAAAUACAAAAUCCACAUCUUUCAAUUACUAUCUUAAAUGCUAUGUUUGAACAGAGAUAUAUAUAUAUACUUUAUAUUUGUAUUUUUAAAUUCUCUAUUUUCUACACUGACUUCUGUGUAGGUUGCCAUCAAACAUAAACCUUAACAUGCAAUACUGUUUAAAAAAGAAAGGCUUACCACACAUCAAACCCUCCGCUCUGCACCAACUUAAAACUUGUAUUUUUUAUUUUUUUUUAAACAUUUUCUGCACCUGGAAGAGCAAGCAAUGGGAUAUGGAUAUUCUCUAUCGGGCUCGCUUGUCAGUUAGACAGUUGAGUAUGCUUUGGUACGCAUCAAAACCUUACUCAUUUUCAUUGUCUGCAUUUAAUUAACAUCCGACAAAAUUGUACUGCUGUGCAAACAACAUCGGAUUUUCCCAAUGAAUGCAUUACUUUAUACUUUAUCAACACCAUAAUAGCCUGACUGUUGAUGUCACACAGACUAAAACAAUACACUCAUACAAAAUGUUUCUGCAUUAAUGGAUCCUAUAUUUAAUUUCCUUUGCUUGGCCAACAAUAAAUCCUGGAAUGAACCAAAGUGUUUGUCCUGACCUUUUGUAGAUGUUAUGUAUCUGGUAUGAAAACAGUUGUAAAUUAGACUGUAAGACCUUCGUCAUCAUAAAGAACUCUCCACCCCUCUUUCUCACUGUUUGACCCGCUGCCCAAGAAUCAACAAAAGCUUCUUCCCCCAGGUUGUUGUAUACCUUGCUUCAAAUGUGACUUACUGUAGUAACAUAAACAUACACAUA